AUGGAAAUCCAGAAAAUGUCCGAGCAACAGGUGCUGCUGGAAAACACGCCUGGAACUGACCCGAGGCCUGGCAGCGCCAGCUGUCGCCACCUGUCAACUUUCGCCAGAGCAGACAAGUUCGCCAAGCCUGAUAACUUUUCGCUACGGCUACGCUUGCGCAACUCAUUCAAUCCCCAUCCCAACCCAACAUUGUUUGGCUUUUCCCCACUUCCCACCCACCCCCCCCCCCGCUCCCCUCUCCCCACUCCCCUCUCCCCGCUCCCCUCUCCCCGCUCCCCUCUCCCCGCUCCCCUCUCCCCGCUCCCCUCUCCCCGCUCCCCUCUCCCCGCUCCCCUCUCCCCGCUCCCCUCUCCCCGUUCCCCUCUCCCCGCUCCCCUCUCCCCGCUCCCCUCUCCCCGCUCCCCUCUCCCCGCUCCCCUCUCCCCGCUCCCCUCUCCCCGCUCCCCUCUCCCCGCUCCCCUCUCCCCGCUCCCCUCUCCCCGCUCCCCUCUCCCCGCUCCCCUAUCACUUCUGCCCUCUGCUCUGCUGCUCUCUUCUCUGCCGCUAGCUGCAAAUCCCUCAUCCGCUUGA